AUGCCGGUUUUCACCGCCAACAUACCGGGAUUACUAAAAGUUGGCGACAAAAUCGAGAUAGGUGGCAAAAUCAAGGAGAAUGCAAGAAAGAUGUCCGUGAACCUUUGCGCUCAAGAAGGCGAGGAGCCGAGGGAUGUGGUUCUCCACUUCGACGUGAGAUUCCACCGGGACAACAUCAUAUCGCUGUCCAGGAAGAACGGCAUUUGGAUCGGAAGCGGAAAUUACGACACCAACUACAACAUGUUUGUUCCUGGCACGAUAUUUCGGAUAGUCUUCGAAAUCAAGGACACGGACGUCAUCACGAUAUACUGCCAGGGGAAGUUUCAUUCGAACUUCCUCCCGAAGAUACCACUCAACAUGGCCAAAUACAUUGUGGCCUGGGCGGACGUAGAGAGGAUCUCGCAUUGUUAUUUUAAUUUCGCGAACAAAACGGUGAGCGGUGAUGAGGCCGGAGCGCCGGGCGCCUUCGCCCCCCAGUCCCCUAGACCGCCACUGGUCGUCGGUGACGUGAAAAGAUGUCCAAGGGCCAAGAAGACUGCGACAGGUUCGCCAAAAAACCGCUCGUCGAAUGAAAGCUCUGACGAGGAGCUUAAAGUUAGAGUUAAAACUGACGGAAGGCCGGACCGGUUCUUCUACGAGACCCUGAUGUGUCAGCAGACGGACCACCCGAAGUUCGGGUCUCCGGAGACUUGUAAACAGAGACGCGAGCCAAGUCUGGGGAGGGAGAACUUGAAGAAAUACAGAGAGACAUCGGAUACGGAGAAGAAUGAAAGUGAUGAUUACUCUGAGGAGAUAGCUUCGAAGAACAUGGAUUCUUCUGUCGUGGAGUCCGACGGUGUGCUUCAAGAGCUGGGCAUCAAGAGGAGAACGAGGAGGGGGAAGUUUGCGCCGUUCGCUCAGGUCGUCAAUUUGAUGGGAAAGUCGUCUAAGAGAAAUUAG